CUUGUCUUCGUACAAAUCACGCUCAAUUUUUCUCUCUCCUGCAAAAACAACAACAAUUUGGAGAGAGAGAUAGACAGAAAGAUGAAAUGAUGGAAAUUUUAGGAGAGAGAAAAUAGACACUUUCAAAAACAAUGGGGCUUACUUAGUACAUUUUGUUACUUCUACUAAAAACCCUAAAUUUGGUAAUGUCCAUAAAUACCCCUUUUAUAUAAACUCUCUACUAUUCUAUUCUCUUUCUUCAAUCGAAGAAUUUCACUUUCACAGAAUUGAAAAUUUUCUCUCUCUAAAAAAAAUUCACUUUCUCUCUUCUCUCGUUUUUUUUUGGAUUCGAUUCUUUCUUCGUCGGCAUUCUCAGAGGUGUAGGUAGUUGUUUGCACUAUAUGCUUCCAAGAAAGAGAGCUGGUGAAGGUGAGGUAGUUGACGGCACAACCACUUCUUCUUCUUCUUCCGCUUUUAAGAAGACUCGGAUUGAAGGAUCUAGCUCGGCGUCGAAUUCGGCUGAAACGACAUCCAAUAAGUUGAAUUCUGAUAGUAGGUUUACGGUUGGGAAUAGUGAGAGCGGAGCUACGAUCACCAUGGCCAUGGGGGAUGGUAAUCCACCAGACAUUGAUGAGGAUCUGCAUAGUAGGCAGUUGGCUGUGUAUGGGCGCGAGACGAUGAGGCGCCUUUUUGGUUCUAAUGUACUUGUUUCUGGGAUGCAAGGCCUUGGAGCUGAAAUUGCAAAGAAUCUUAUCCUGGCUGGUGUUAAGUCUGUCACCUUGCAUGAUGAAGGGACAGUGGAAUUGUGGGAUUUAUCCAGCAAUUUUGUUUUCUCUGAAGAUGAUGUUGGUAAAAACCGAGCGCAUGCUUGUGUGCAAAAGUUGCAAGAACUGAACAAUGCAGUGCUUGUUUCAACUAUGACAACAAAAUUGACAAAGGAACAGCUUUCAGAUUUCCAGGCUGUUGUAUUUACUGACAUCAGCUUGGACAAAGCUAUCGAGUUCGAUGAUUACUGCCACAGUCAUCAACCCCCUAUUGCUUUUAUUAAAGCCGAAAUUAGGGGUCUUUUUGGCGGUGUUUUUUGCGACUUUGGACCUGAGUUUACUGUUGUUGAUGUGGAUGGUGAGGAACCGCACACUGGUAUUAUUGCUUCAAUCAGCAAUGACAACCCUGCUCUUGUAUCAUGUGUGGAUGAUGAAAGGCUGGAGUUUCAGGAUGGUGAUCUGAUUGUAUUCUCGGAAGUCCAUGGAAUGCCAGAAUUGAAUGAUGGAAAGCCAAGAAAGAUUAAAAAUGCAAGGCCCUAUUCUUUCUCCCUUGAGGAGGAUACCACAAACUAUGGUGUUUACCAGAAAGGUGGGAUUGUGACACAAGUCAAGCAGCCAAAGGUCCUGCAUUUUAAGCCUUUGAGAGAAGCACUUAGUGAUCCUGGUGACUUUCUCUUGAGUGAUUUUUCAAAAUUUGACCGUCCCCCUUUGCUGCAUUUGGCAUUCCAAGCUCUAGACAAGCUUGUGUGUGAGCUAGGACGCUUUCCUAGUCCUGGUUCUGAAGAGGAUGCGCAGAAAUUGAUAACUAUAGCCACUAAGAUAAAUGAGGGCCUAGGUGAUGCCAGGGUAGAAGACAUUAACUCUAAAGUAUUACGGCACUUUGCUUUUGGCGCUAGGGCUGUACUGAAUCCUAUGGCUGCUAUGUUUGGUGGUAUUGUUGGACAGGAAGUUAUGAAGGCUUGCUCUGGGAAGUUUCAUCCUCUUUUUCAGUUCUUCUACUUUGAUUCAGUCGAGUCACUUCCUACUGAACCUGUUGAACCUUCGGAUUUUGCUCCAAGAAACAGUCGCUAUGAUGCUCAAAUUUCAGUUUUUGGAUGGAAACUCCAGAAGAAGCUAGAAGAUGCUAAAAUAUUUGUUGUUGGAUCUGGUGCUCUUGGGUGUGAAUUCUUGAAGAAUUUGGCUUUGAUGGGAGUUUCUUGCAGUGGCAAAGGGGAGCUAACAGUCACUGAUGAUGAUGUUAUUGAGAAAAGCAAUCUCAGUAGGCAGUUUUUGUUCCGUGAUUGGAACAUUGGACAGGCCAAGUCUACUGUAGCUGCUGCUGCUGCCACAUCAAUAAAUUCACAUUUCCAUGUCAAAGCCUUGCAGAAUCGUGUUGGCCCUGAAACUGAGAAUGUGUUUGAUGACAAUUAUUGGGAGAAUCUAAGUGUUGUAAUCAAUGCACUGGACAAUGUGAAUGCUAGGCUGUAUGUUGAUCAGAGAUGCUUGUAUUUCCAGAAGCCGCUCCUUGAAUCAGGAACUUUGGGUGCCAAAUGCAAUACACAAAUGGUCAUUCCCCACCUUACUGAAAACUAUGGGGCGUCACGAGAUCCGCCUGAGAAGCAAGCACCUAUGUGCACAGUGCACUCUUUUCCACACAACAUUGACCAUUGUCUGACCUGGGCUCGUUCCGAAUUUGAGGGUUUACUUGAGAAAACUCCAGCUGAAGUGAAUGCGUAUCUUUCAAAUCCUGGUGAAUACACAUCAGCUAUGAGGAAUGCUGGUGAUGCUCAGGCAAGGGAUACUUUGGAACGAGUUCUUGAAUGUCUUGAAAGGGAAAGAUGCAAGUCAUUUGAGGAUUGUGUCGCUUGGGCUAGGCUGAAAUUUGAAGAUUACUUUGCCAACCGCGUGAAGCAGCUGACUUAUACCUUUCCUGAAGAUGCCGCAACCAGUACUGGAGCUCCAUUCUGGUCGGCCCCAAAGAGAUUUCCCCGUCCCUUGCAAUUUUCGUCUUCUGAUCCUUCGCAUCUUCAUUAUGUUAUGUCUGCAUCGAUAUUACGAGCUGAAACAUUUGGGAUCCCUAUUCCUGAUUGGGCUACACAUCCUAAGAAGUUGGCUGAGGCUGUUGACAAAGUCAUUGUUUCCGAUUUUCAGCCAAAAAAAGAUGCAAAAAUUGUGACGGAUGAGAAGGCCACUAGCCUUUCCUCUUCUUCUAUAGACGAUGGAGCUGUCAUAGAUGAACUUAUCAGUAAGUUGGAGCACUCUCGCAAAAAUCUGCUGCCAGAAUAUAGGAUGAAGCCGAUCCAGUUUGAGAAGGAUGAUGAUACAAACUAUCAUAUGGACGUUAUAGCUGCUCUGGCCAACAUGAGGGCGAGGAACUACAGCAUUCCUGAAGUUGACAAAUUGAAAGCCAAGUUCAUUGCUGGAAGGAUCAUUCCUGCUAUCGCAACUUCGACUGCUAUGGCUACUGGUUUGGUAUGCCUAGAGCUUUACAAGGUUUUGGAUGGAGGUCAUAAGGUGGAGGAUUACCGGAAUACAUUUGCUAAUCUAGCACUGCCUCUCUUCUCUAUGGCUGAACCAGUCCCACCCAAGGUCUUUAAGCACCGUGACAUGAGCUGGACUAUUUGGGACCGGUGGGUCUUGAAGGGAAACCCUACCCUGAAGGAACUUAUUCGGUGGCUCAAGGACAAAGGUUUGAAUGCUUACAGCAUUUCAUGUGGAAGCUGCCUGCUUUUCAAUAGUAUGUUCCCUCGCCACAAAGACAGGAUGGACAAGAAGGUUGUUGAUCUUGCCACUGAAGUGGCGAAGAUGGAAAUUCCUCCUACUCGCCGUCACUUGGAUGUCGUUGUGGCAUGUGAGGAUGAUGAUGAUAAUGAUGUCGACAUCCCCCUCGUCUCCGUGUACUUCAAAUAAGCUUUGAUGUGAUUGCGAAGUUACUAUAAUUUCCCAUCCCCAUCAUCUCUAUACACUUCCUAUGGGCCCAUAAGGCUGGCAUAAGCUUUGCUUCGUACUUCGAAGCUUGCAUGAGAUUUUGGAGGACAAGUUUGCUCUUGAUUCUGAGAGGACAGUUUCAUCUGUAGCGUAUUUGUACGAAUGUUUAUCCCAUGCACAUCCAUCUGUUACAUAGGAACCUAACUUUGGUUAUGCGAGUUUAUGAGCAUAUUUCUAUAUUGACGGAUUUAA